AUGAUUGGUUUAAUAGAAACUACAUCUGAACUACGUUCCUGGGAAGAAGCUCAACGGUUAGCUACAGCAUUGGUAAAUCAAAUGUCAUUGGAACAAAAAGUAAAUAUCACUACCGGCUUGGGAGUCGGCCACGCUCGUUGUGUUGGAAGCACUUCUCCUGUGACCAAUCCUGAUUUUCCCUCACUUUGUCUUCAAAAUGGUCCACUUGGUAUGGCACCAGCUUUCAAUGUUACUCUUGGUGUUGCUGGCAUCAAUGCUGCUGCUUCUUUUGAUCGAAAGGCUAUUUUGGAUCGUGGAAUCUACAUGGGUCAAGAAUUCUAUGAAAAAGGUGUACAUGUCCAAUUGGGUCCAGCUAUGAAUUUUAUGAGAAGUCCCGAAGGAGGUCGUGGAUGGGAAUCAUUUGGUGAAGAUCCUUACUUGAGUGGUGUUGCCUCUUAUGAAACAAUCACUGGUAUUCAAUCUCAAGGGGUCAUUGCUACUGCAAAACAUUUUAUUGCUAACGAUCAAGAAAAGAAUCGAAAUGAGGAAAGUUCAAAUAUUGAUGACCGUACUAUGCAUGAAAUUUACCUUUGGCCAUUUGCUCGUGCUGUUGAUGCUGGAGUGGGCUCAGUCAUGUGCUCAUAUAAUAAAGUGAAUGGUACUUCUGCUUGUGAAAAUGAUAUGAUGAAUCGUGUCUUGAGAGAUCAAUUAGGAUUCCAGGGCUUUAUUCAAACAGAUUGGUGGGCUGCCAUGGAAACGAUUCAAUCCCCUAAUAAUGGUUUGGAUAUGGUCAUGCCAGGGAACAGGGAUCCAAAAGAUAAUUUUUCUCCCUCUUAUUUUGGUCAAGAUUUGGUAAACGCUGUAAAGAAUGGCAAGGUCAGCGAAUCUACUGUGACAGAUAUGGCUCAUCGCAUUGUCUCUGCUUGGUACAAAAUGGGUCAAGACAAAAACUUUCCCAAUAGCUCCAUCAAUGUUUUGGAUAUGACGCCGUUAGGAUCCAUCAAUGUGGAAGCCGACCAUAAAACCAAGGUGCGUGAAUUAGGUGCUGCUUCUGUUGUCAUACUCUCAAACCAGGAUGACAUUCUUCCUCUUUCAGAAAGCAACAACAAUAUCUCCAUUAUCGGUAGCGACGCCUUCAGUGAUCCACUCCUCUUCAACGUGCUGAAAUGUGCUAACUUUGGUUGUGACCCUGCCACUUUGGUUCAAGGUUGGGGUAGUGGUGCGGUGAUGUUCCCUAGCUAUAUCGUUCCUCCAGUAGACGGUAUUCAAGCUCGUGCUGGAAAGAAUGUCAAGUUCCAAACAACACACGACAAUUGGAAUCUGGAUGAAGCCAAGAAAGUCGCACAAGCUUCUGAUAUCGCCAUUGUCUUUGCUAACUCAGACUCGGGGGAAGAAUAUAUUACUGUAGAUGGUAAUGCUGGUGAUCGCAAUAACUUGACCUUAUGGAAUAAUGGAGAUAAUCUGAUUCAAACCGUCGCAGACGCAAACAAGAAUACUAUUGUUGUCAUCCAUUCUGUUGGUCCUAUUCUUAUGCCUUGGAUUAACCAUCCCAAUAUCAAAGCUGUUGUCUGGCCUGGUUUGCCUGGACAAGAAAGUGGUAAUUCUCUUGCUGAUGUCUUGUACGGUGAUGUCAAUCCUAGUGGUCGUCUUCCUUAUACUAUUGCUAAGAAUCAAGAGGAUUAUGCUGCUGCAGCUACUUCUGAUCUGGAGAUUGAUUAUUCUGAAAAGUUGAACAUUGGAUAUCGCUGGUUUGAUGCCAAGAAUAUUGAACCUCUCUUUCCCUUUGGUCAUGGUCUUUCUUACACCAAGUUUGAUUAUGGAUCAUUGAAGGUCAAAUCCAAUAGUAAGAAGAAUCAGGUGAAUGCUCAAUUGGAUAUUCAAAAUACUGGUGAAGCCGAUGGUGCUGAAAUUGUCCAACUUUAUCUAUCCUUCCCUGAAUCAGCUGGUGAACCUCCCAAAGUACUUCGUGGAUUUGAAAAGGUGUUUGUCAAGAGUGGUCACAAAGAAACCGUCUGUUUUGAACUUACCAAGACUGAACUGAGUAUCUGGGAUGUCGCUUCUCAAUCAUGGGUGAUUCCUCAUGGUCAAUUCCAAAUUCACGUGGGUGCCUCUAGUCGUGAUCUUCGUCAAACAAGCUCUUUCACCUUGUAGUAUUGUGGUAUGAUCAUCCGUACAUUUGAUUUAGAUAAAGAAGAUGUUUAUUACUAUUGUUAUUAUUUUAUUUGUUUCCCAAUAAAACCAUUGUACUUUAUAGUUGAUCAUCAAUGAUUAUCAUGGUAAAGAUGAUCAUCCUACUUUUUUACACUUUAUAAACUGUUGAUCGAAUCAGGAAAUAAACUAAUUUCAUU